AUAUUUCCCAAUCCCUUACAACACAUAUACAUAAUAAAACAUCACAUCAUGCCUCCAAGCAGAGCGGAUCGAUUGGCCGAACUCCGUGCUGCGAGAAAGGCUGGCAAAACUGCUUUCUCCUCAUACGAAGUCCAGGACGAGGAACAACUCUACGAAACCGUCGACGAGGAUAGUUACAAGAAGAUUGUCAGAAAGAGACUCGACCAGGAUGACUUUGUAGUCGACGACAAUGGUGAAGGUUACGCAGACGACGGUCGCGAGGAUUGGCAGAACGAGCAACGACAAGAUUAUGAUGAUGAGAGUGAUGAUGACCUGCCUGCGAGAGGCAAGGCUGCAAAACGCAAGCGCGAGGAAGACGCUCAAAAGAAGGAGAAGAUCAACAAAGGCAUUUCAAAGUACUUCAACGCAAACCCCACCGUCGUCGCGCCCAAGCCCAAGCAGGCUUCAACUGCUGAAGAUGCCGCUUUCAUGGCCGACCUUCUCGGUGAGGUCAAUGCCAACAUCCCCUCAUACAAGCCUAGAUCGAGCAUGAACCCAGUCAAGUCCGAGACCCGCCGCAAGACCAGAGUCCUAUCACCGCCUGUCGAGCAGAUGAGCCACAUUCCCAAAUAUCAAGCGAGAAAUCAAACAGUCGACUCUCCGCCAGCACCUGUCGACGACGACACAUAUUUCCCCAUGGACGAAGGUCUCUUUCCUCCACCCGAAGACAAUGAUGUACCAAUGAGCGACCCUCUCCCUUCAUCACCUGUUGCAAAGGCUGCACAAAGAAAAGAGUCGAAUGUCAAGGUCGAGGAAGAUGAGGAUGAAGAUAUGCUCGAGGUUGCCCAAGUCACAAAUCAAUCAUCUCGCAGCACUACCGCAAUCAACAUGCGUGGAAACCGACCCAUCCCCAAGAUUAUUAAGACAGACUACCCGACACCAGCGAGCUCAUCUCCUUCACGGCAAGCACCUGAAGUCAUCGACACAUCAGCAUUGACGAAUGUCACCGACAAGUUGAAUGUCUUGAGCAGUUCUGGUGUUGAAUCUGUCACUUUCGGAAAAUUGGAUCCUCAACACGCUCAAGAGGAGGACGGGAGCGUGCGCUUCUUCUGGUUCGACUACACCGAGAUCAAUGGCAGUCUUUGUCUGUUCGGCAAAGUCAAGGACAAGUCAACUGGUCGUUUUGUCAGUGCCUUCGUCAAGGUCGAUAACAUCAUGCGCAAGCUAUUUUUCCUUCCUCGUGAACAUCGCCGAAAGCAGGGCCGUGAGACGGAUGAGGAAGUUGAGAUGGGCGACGUCUACCAAGAAGUUGAUGGUCUUAUGUCCAGAUUCAAGGUCAACAUGCACAAGAUCAAGCCUUGCUCGAGAAAGUACGCCUUCGAGUUGCCCGAUAUACCGAAGGAGGCAGACUAUCUGAAACUCCUUUACCCAUACGACAAGCAGGCCUUGCCAACGGAUCUACAAGGAGAGACUUUCUCGCACGUCUUUGGUACCAACACUGCACUUUUUGAACAAUUCGUUCUCUGGAAGAAUAUCAUGGGUCCUUGCUGGCUGAAAAUUGAUGGAAGCAGUAUCAACUUUAAUGCUGUCAAGAAUGCCUCUUGGUGUAAGCUGGAAAUGCUGGUUGACAAACCUCAAGGCAUGUCUACUCUUGGGGACACCGACAACCUUGACGCUCCUCCGUUGACUCUGAUGAGCAUUGCGCUCCGGACAAAGUUGAACGAGAAAGACAACAAGCAAGAAAUUCUGCUUGCAAGUGCUCGUAUCUAUGACAGCAUGUCAUUAUCCGACACUACAGCACCUGAGAAACUCCCUUGCAAGACCUUCACUGUCAUGCGUCCGAACGGCCCAGAUUACCCAGUAGGAUUCAAGACUGAUGCUGAAAAGUAUCGCGGUAAUGUCCAGAUGGAGAAAAGUGAAGGUGCAGUUCUCAGCAAGUUCUUGGCUUUGUUGGACCGUAACGAUCCCGAUGUCUUGAUUGGUCACAGACUUGAUGAUGUUGACUACACCCUCCUUCUCAGCAGAAUGAGAGAAUGCAGGACUCCUGGAUGGCAUCGUAUCGGAAGACUGAAGCGUCAUGAAUGGCCCAAGAACAUUGGCAAGGGUGGUGGCAGUUUCUUUGUUGAGAGACAACUUGCUGCUGGAAGAUUGCUUUGUGAUCUAGGCAAUGACAUGGGCAAGUCUUUGAUGACCAAGUGUCAGUCUUGGAGUCUCGACGAAAUGUGUGAUCUUGUCCUCGGUGGAGAGAACAAACGUCGUGAUAUCGACAACGAUGUUUUGCUCAAGAUGGCUACCAACAGAGCUGGUCUGAUGCAAUACAUCAAGCUCACCGAGGCGGACACAUUCUUCAUUGCUGCAAUCGCUCUCAAGGUUCAGAUGCUUCCACUCACCAAAGUUCUCACCAAUUUGGCUGGUAACUCUUGGGCCAGAACAUUGAGCGGUACUCGUGCUGAGCGUAACGAGUACAUUUUGCUUCAUGAGUUCCACAAGAACAAAUACAUCUGUCCCGACAAGAUCUGGGGUAAGGGUAAAGCCAAGUCUGAUGAAGAUAACCCAGAAGGAGAUGAAGGAGCAGAUGCAAAAAAGAAGGACAAGUUCAAGGGUGGUCUCGUCUUCGAGCCCGAGAAAGGUUUAUACGACAAGUUCAUUCUUGUCAUGGACUUCAACUCUCUUUACCCCAGUAUCAUCCAGGAGUACAACAUUUGUUUCACUACGGUUGAGAGAUCGGAAACAAAUGAGGAUGAAGAAAAGGUUCCUGAAGUCCCAGCCGAUACUAAUAACAAGGGUAUCCUUCCUCGACUGAUUCGAACACUUGUCCAUCGUCGUCGCGAAGUCAAGAAACUCAUGAAGGAUAAGAGUGCCACCUCUGAUCAAAUCGCAACAUGGGAGAUCAAGCAGAUGGCUUUGAAGCUGACUGCCAACUCUAUGUACGGUUGUUUGGGUUACACGAAAUCACGCUUUUACGCUCGACCUCUUGCUAUGCUCACCACUUACAAGGGUCGUGAGAUUUUGCAAUCCACCAAGGAUCUGGCUGAAUCUGCUCAUGGUUUGAGAGUCAUCUAUGGUGACACUGAUUCAGUCAUGGUCAACACCAAUGUCGACAACAUCAUGGAUGCCAUGAAGAUUGGUAAUGAUUUCAAGAAGAGUGUCAACGAAAGAUAUGAACUUCUCGAGAUUGAUAUCGACAACAUCUUCAGACGUCUGCUCUUGCACGCAAAGAAGAAGUAUGCUGCUGUCAACAUGAUCGAGAAGGACGGCAAAUGGAUAGACAAGCUCGAAGUCAAGGGUCUUGAUAUGCGCAGAAGAGAAUACUGUGCAUUGAGUAAGGAUACCUCGACUGAGCUGUUGAACUUCCUUUUAUCAGGAGAAGACCCGGAAACUGUGGUUUCUCAAAUUCACGAUCAUCUCAGGGAGGUCGCUUCUCAGAUGCGCGCCAACACUAUCCCUCUUCGCAAGUACACCAUCUACACACAACUCGGAAAGAAUCCCAAGGAGUAUCCCAACGGAAACAGCAUGCCUUCUGUUCAGGUCGCAUUGAAGUUGAUGGCAAAGGGCAAGCAUGUCAAGGCCAAGGACGUCAUGUCCUACAUCAUUUGCAAUGACUCUUCUGGCAGUGCAGAGAAGGCAGCAAAGAAUGCUUUCCCUGUUGAUGAAGUCCUUCGUGCUGAGAAUGAGCUCAAGCCUGAUAUCGACUACUACCUUCACAAGCAAAUCCUGCCGCCUGUUGAGCGUCUCUGCGCACCCAUCGAAGGCACGAAUGUCAGCUUGUUGGCUGAAUGUCUCGGUCUGGAUACCAGUAAAUACCGCGUCAGCAGUGCCAGCGGCGGAAACAACUACAACGCCGAAACAGAAAUACACCCCCUGGAAUCACAGGUUCCCGAUGAGAUCCGCUACAAGGAUUGCCAACCUCUGGGCCUUAUGUGCCUCUCCUGCCGCACACCCUUCCAAUUCCGCGGCUUGGGUGUCAACGCUACUCCAGAUGCUGAAACCAGAACAGCAAAGGUGGAAAACGAUGGUAUCCACUGUCCUGCUGAUUGUUGUGGUGCUGUGAUUCCUCAACUCGCACUCGCCGCUCAGCUCGAGUCACAAAUCCGCGCACACACAGCCCAGUACUACGCGGCCACUCUCGUCUGCGAUGAAGCCACCUGCGGCAAUCGUACACGUCAAAUGAGCGUCUACGGCCACCGCUGUCUCGGCCCCCGCGGCCUGGCCUUUGGUUGCAACGGCAAAAUGCAACUCGAGUAUUCAGAAAAGCAAUUGUACAACCAAUUGAUGUUUUUGGGCCGAUGCUUUGAUGUUGAGAAGAGUGCCAAAGAGGCGGAGAAGAAGAAGAGUGAAGAAGGAGAAAGAGUGGGUGUCUUGGCUGAGAUGAACAGGGGCAAGUUUGGAGUGUUGAGGGGAGUUGUAGAAGGAUAUCUGGACAAGAGUGGGUGGGGUUGGGUCAGUAUGGAUAGUCUUUUUGGAUUUGCAUUGAAGGCAUUGGUUUGAGAGGAUGUACUGUAAAUGGGUACCAUGGAGUUGAUUGGGGA